GAGAGGCUAUGAGAGCUAUGGGGGGCUGUGAACGUUUAGGAGGGGCUGUGGGAGAGUGUGAGAGCUAUGGGGGGCUGUGAGCGUUUAUGGGGGGCUGUGGGAGACUGUGAGAGGCUAUGAGAGCUAUGGGGGGCUGUGAACGUUUAGGAGGGGCUGUGGGAGAGUGUGAGAGCUAUGAGCGUUUGAGGGCUCUGGGGGGCUGUGAGAACUAUGGGGGGCAGUGAGCGUUUAUGAGGGCUAUGGGGGCUGUAAGGGACAACCGCAUCGUUCUCGGCCGUGCCCGGCGUUUAUUUCAACUUCGUCAAGGGCUGUCCCAUCCCCGCCCCUGCUUCUGUUACGGGUCCGGUGGUAUGAGGUAAUAUUCGACAUACCUUCUGCUCCCAAUUCACUUCUCAGCCCGAUAGUCAAACUUUUUCCCUCAUAAAGACAUGUUGUUACAUUUGGAGCUACUCAGCAGAGGCUUUCUAAAACGGUACUGAAGUUUCAGAUAUGUAGGUUUCCUUUCUUUGCAUUUUUUUUGGGCCAUAAAACCACUAUUUCAGCAAAGCAUUCUGGAAAUGAGACCAUCACUUCUAGCAAAGAUUGAAGGGCGCAGACAAACACUGGGAAACAGCAUGAGCCUCUGCUGUAAAGACGAUAGUUUUGGCCCAUGGUUGGACAACCCCAACAGAAGGAUCAAAUUCAAAUACAUGAAUUUUAAAAGGACUGAAGAUUAAAAGAAAAAAUACCUUUGUGUAAAUCAUCUUGAAUGCAUGGAUAAUUCCCAUGUACCUGUGUUCCCCUUUGACUUGGAACGCCAGACGAACUCUAACCAUAUCAAGAGGGAAUUUGUCUGAACAAAGACUAGCAAACAGACCAACCAGGAGCUUGGUGAAUGCACUACUUCAUGAACACAGUCCAAAAAUAGUACAACUUUAAAGAAAUCAGAUGCAACUGAAAGAAACCACAUGAGUUACAAGAAGUCAGACCACAGCAUCUUCAGGCUGAUUCCCUGCCCAAAAGCAAAGUCUACUCCAAUUAAUGAUAGUUAAGCCAAAAAUCUCUCCCACAGUUGCUUAAACACAACAGAAUUGGAAGUAUCUCAACAAUUAAGAGGUGGAUCCUGAAAUUCCCAGGGUCUGAUCCGAAAUAACCAUAACAGGGUAAUGUAGCUCUCCCUCCCUCCCUCAAUGAACCACUUCCUCAAAAGAGUAGACUUUUCCACUGCAACUGCUGACUCAGAAGCCCAGGAAGCCAGGGAAAGACCGUUCUUCACUUCCCAUGUUGCCCUCAAGCCCCUUUGACCACUCCUGGGGACAAGAUACUGGGUUACACAGACUAAAGACUUGGUGACAGUGAAGCACAACGGGAAUUAGACUGUCCUUGAUUUGCUUCCCAGACUCUGGGAGUUAACAAUGAGAUUAGCUCUAAAGGGAUUUAUCUCUGUCUCCUAAUUUGCUUGCUAUUCCUCCAUUCUCAGUCAUUUUCUUUCUUUGAAAAAUAAAAAUAAAAAACUAUCUGAAGCAAGAAAAAGCACAAGUGAAAUACAUUUACAAAGAGUAGGCACUGCACAUGUCUUCACCACACAAGUUUUUAUGAUCUCUGUACCAAGCUCUUUGUACUUUAUCAGCAGCUCUGCAGAUCAAGUUAAGCACUGCCAGAGGUUUACAGCUCAAAAAGUGAGCUGUAAGCACAAGUCACAGCCUUGAGCUGCAGAAGAUAUGCUCCUUAGCUAGUAUAAAGAUUAAUUUAUUUAUCCAGGAAGCAUCUUCUGAACAAAACAAAGCUUCAGGAACUACACAUACAGAGAAACAGCUGAUGACAAAGAAUAUUUAUCAGAAAGAUUUAAGGAUGCCUCAUUUACACAUCCUAAUAUUUCUAUAUCUCCAAUAUAUAAUUCUGCUUCUCUACCAACUGCACCUGAAGAAACAGACCACACAGAUUCUUUUAAAAUGUUGACUCAAAGAGGGAACUGUUAAUUACACACUAUUUAAAAUGGAGACACCCAUUAUCCUACUAGAUCAGUACUAUUUUCCAAUCACUUUUACUGAAAGUAAAAAGCUAAAAACAAAAACAUACUUUCUGUAUUAGCUUAAUGGAAGUUUAUUCUAGAUAACAUCUAGUCUUUUUUGACUUUGUUAUUUUGAAGUUAAUCAAGUGCAGGGGUGGAAAUACACAUUUCUGUGGUUUAACUCAGAUUUUUCUAAUAGAAAACUAAAAAAGAAUGUUUAGAUUUUAAAGUCAUCCUGUGAAUAUUUAGAUUUGUAAAGUUAUCCUGUGAUGUUUCAUUUGAUUAUCCUUGUUCAUCUUUGUUGUUAGUUGAUAAUUUUGUUUCCUAAACCCCAAUAACCUCUAGGAUUUCUCUAUCUUCUUGCCCAGUUUUGUCUUUCCUCAGAAGAAGUUAUAUACCAUUUAUCCGUUAAUGAGGUGUUACAGCUGAAAUUUGAAUCACACAAGACUCAGGAAAUUCAGAGUUAAAGUUUCCACAGUAACUUUAACUUGGCCUCCUGGAAUAUAUGCAUUACAAUAGCUUUUGCUUUUUUUCCUCUCUCCACUACUCCCAUCCUUACUGCCUUGUUUUUCCCUGUGGACAAGCUUUUGAUCCCGUUUAUCAGUUACAGAAGAUACUUAGAUGUUUCCCACCACUUUGAAGCCGAUUCAGGUCUGUUGACCACUAGUCCUGUUGGAAACACUGACAUAAGCAAUAUUUCAGCAGCAGCGGCACAGAGAAGUGAAAGCAGACAGCUGUCUGGCUAGAGGGUGGAGAGGGGACAAAAAAGAGAGGGAAACGCUGGUUAUCUGUUCCCAACUGCUUAAUAGUGUGUUCCAUGAAACUGGGAAGGCCCCUCUGCACCAACACUGGGGUGCAUCAUCUCCUUUAGUCAUUUAAACUUGCAGGAAACAGAAAAAUACCCUUUACUGGAGCCAGCGAGAAACUAGGCCACAGGAGUUAAAGCAAGAAAUACUAUCGCUUGCUUCUAAAAGUCUCUCCUUUUUUGCUUGCAAACCUAGAAAACUUGUGUUCCAGAUUUCAAGCUCUCUGCUCUUCUCAGUGCCUUCUUCCUCCUCUAUAGCUCCUUGGCAUAAUCAAGAGAAACCCUCCCCUCUUAUUAACUAAAGAAUAUCCCAAGCAGCAGUUAAUGCCACCUAGUAAACAAACAGUAAAACACUCCCAUGUGACACUAUAUAUUCACUUCACUACUGUAUUCCUUUCACUGCCUCCCAAAGUCCAGCUCACCUACUCAGUUCUGGCGUUCUUAAACCCAGACUGUUGAGUAUCCUGUACUUAAACACACCACACAAAGCACUUCAUUUGAUCAUGGCUGCCAGAUAGUGCUGUGUGCUAAUUUAUUUCUGUUACUCUAACCACACAAAGCACCAGUAAGGUGCUUAAAACAAUGCCAGAUGCUAUUAACUGAUCUGCACGAAGAAUUCCACCAUGGCCAACACUGACAGAGUUAAGCUGAUUAUUCAGUGUGUGCAUAAUGCCUCACAAAUCAGGUUCCUAGUCUCUGACAAAGCUAAUAAUAAGCUUUUUUGGGGGGAAAAGUAAAUUGCAAUGUGUUCUCUAACACAGUUAAAGGUAGAGGGGAGAAAAAAAGUUUUUUUUUUCCCCACUUCUUUCAGACAGAAAGCCAGGAAAAGUUCUAGGACAUAUAUAUCUUGCCAAAUGGGUUUUGCUAGCUUUUAGGACUCUUUUUAUUAUUCCAUUUCAUUCUCUUUCCUUUUCUUCUGACACUACAAAUGCCAGAAUACUUUCACGAGGUUUUCCUAGUUUAACUAAAGGUAGUAUUAACAAACCCCAGUAUUUUUAUUACAAAAGAAGUUAAAGAUGAAUACCCAUAACUACUUAAAGACUGUCACUAGGCAGUAUUAAGCCCAUUUAACAAAGUAAAAGCACAUGAAGAAUCACUUCAAUUAAAAAUCAGUUCCACUAUCACUUACCUUCCCCUGUUUUUUCUUAGCUACUUUUGGCUGAAUGACUAGUAAGAGGAAAACAAAUAUAUAAUCAUACUAUACACUGGCAGCUCACACAUGGGGUUUUCUGCUACUAUUGCACUAAUUGAUAAAUCAGGGGGUUUAAAGCUCACACACAUGAUCUAAAGAGCAUCAUGACAAUCCUGCGUUGGACAUGGAAAAGCACAGACAUGUCUGGCAAAUCCAAAUCCAAAGAACACACCCACGAAAGGAACUGCAGUUCCCUCUGUCUCUAUGGGCUUAUAUUCAACCUCCAAGAAAUGGCAGAGGGGCUGAUGAGCCAAUUCCACCAAAACCUGCAGCUUUAUACUUCAUCUUGAUGACACUGGGUUUUUCACUUUUUAAAAGCCAUAAUAAACACUAUAAAAACCUGCUUGCACAAAUAUAUUUUAAAGAAUACUCUUCAACAAAUGCAUGUCAAUUAGGCAACCGUGUUCCAUUAACCAUUUACCAGUAUUUUUGCUUAAUACAAAUUUCCAGCAGUUUGACCUGACUACACAUGAAAUCAUCCUCUAAAUAAAUAUUAACUUUUCAGCAAAAGGCAUGUCUGAAAUCCAACUACAAAACUAUACCUGCCAUGGAUCCAGCCAUUAAUCGAUGCACAUGCCCCGAAAUCCCAAGUUGUUUCUUUAUUACCUACAAAAUAUGGAACAUUUACAAUAGUCUCAUAUGAGAAAACGCAGGGAAACACAGCACAAACUUUAUCAGCACAUUAAUGCAAACUCUGCAGGAGGCUUCCAAGAAGUUUACAAUACUACAAAUUCAGUCCAGAGCACUUAAUUACUGCUAAAAGAAUCUUUUGAACACUGCUGCUGUUUCCAAUUUCUUAUUAGAAACAUGAACAUGCUAAAAUUCUACUAACAAGGCAAAACAAAACAAUGAGUUGAAAGUAUUUGUACUGUUCACUUCAGGAACUCAAUUAAUUGUUUAUUUAGUUAUCAUUAAUGUGUGUCAAACAAGGCAAACUGAAAACUAUCCUUGUAGAGACCAAAGGACACUGAGCAAAGUUGAAAAGUGAGAAGAGUCAAUUUUUCUUCCAUGCACAUCAUGUGAAACACUCCUAUAAAGACUUUUUAACUGGAUCAAAACAAAAGAAAAGAAGGAGAAGAGAAAAAUAGGACAAACAACUCAGAGCAAGAACUUCCUAAGUUACAUUACAGCCCAGAAGGAAAUUAGAAAUUAGUUUCCAGCCUUGUACCAAAUAGUGCUUCUGAGACUACUUCAGAAGCACUUUCAGCUACAAAGAUCAUUUCAUAUCUUCCUCCUUUAAGAAUUUUUUUUCUUUUACACAUCCAUGCAAAACAUCAUGAACAUUUCCUGUCAAUUAACAGGUAAAGGGAACUGCUAUGAUGCCAACUGGUUUCUUCAAAUUUGCAGAUUCAUGGAUCAUUUCAUUUUAGAGCACAGCAUGCAGUCUUUUAUUCCAUGUGACAUAAAACAUGCACAGAUCAACAGCAUUUAUGGUGACAACACAAAAAAAAAGAACCUACAAAACCCAUUACAGUUACUUCUUUGUCUCAGUCUUCUGAAAUUUGCUCUUUAGGGAAGGGAAUCACAGCUUCAAUCUCACAUAUAAAUAUAAAUAAAGAGGUUUCAUUUUACGUUUUGCUCCUACUUUAUUCACCAAGGGAUUCCUUAUAGCAAUAAGGUAUAGCAAUAAAGCUUUAGAUUACCUUUUGCUUUCUUUAAGAAAAAAAGCAUUAUUCUCAAUAAUACAAAGGUAUAAAAGGUACAAAAAUCAGUGGGAAUCCUUUAAAAGUUUCACUGUUGCCGUGACACUUUCAAGCGUUAGAUUCAGAUAAAAUUAAGCAACCUUAGAAGAGACAUGCAGCUAAUCAAUAACACACAAAAGUUUCAGUGUUACUAUCAGUCACUCAAUGAGUCUGUAUUCAUCGUGGGCAGAAAAAAAAUAGAAAAGCAAAACAAACUAAAUUCAACUACCUUUUUAUAUUGGUCAAAGGCCAUAAACUGAAUAGCGCCAUACGGAAAGAUUCUAAUCAUCAUUGCCCCGUUUCCUUUGUACAGCCCAAGGUAACCUUCCUUUUUGGGGACAGCACACAACGUGGAAAACACUCCUGCCAGCAAUACAGAAAGAGAACAUGCUCCCAGACCCAUGUGGCACAAAUUCCACAGAACAAGGGCAAUAAAAACAUGCAGUGAGGACUUUGAGGAACUGGUCCACCGUGUCUCUACACUUACAGAGUUGGUGCUGUAUCAGCACAGAGAGCAGCAAUGGGAGUGUGCAGUUUUCUGUUGAAAAGGUCUCUCAAGAGCUCAUGAUUUUUUUUCCGUUUCUCCUCUUAACAUUCCUACUGCUCCACAGCCAUGGCUCACCACGCAAGGCCUUCCAGAUCAGUCAAAAAAGAAGAGCUGGGCAAAAGGAAAACUAACCAGGGCAAAAAGAAAUCUAGCCAAGUGAGAAAGAAAACCACAAAGACUUCCACAAAAGCUGUUAGUUCUGGAAAAGGAAAAAAACCAGCACAAGAAAAAGAUGUUAAGAAAAAACAGCAAGAAAAGAAACCAAUCAUGAGCUCUUCGGGUAGACUUCUCAGGAGCAGUGUAACGAGAACCUUGUCUGGAGCGUCUUGGGUGAGUUUGGAGAAAGCUGACAACAUCCUCUUUCACAACCAGGAUUCUUUCAACAUCAAUGGCUUUACAAUGUCUCUCCGUAACCGACCCUUCUCCCCUAGAUUGUCCCAAACUCCAGUAAUUGCAAAACCCAAGAAAUCUGCAGUACAAAAAAGGCUGGAAACAAAGGAAAACCAUGAGCAAGGAGCCCUGGCAGGAGUAGAAGAGAAAAACGAUGAAACAGGCAAAGUAGUUUUGAAACAAGAUUUAGCACAAGAUGAGUUGGCUGCUCUGCCAGUAGAAGGUUCUCCCUGUAGUGCAGGUGAAGGGCCUGCUCUCCCAUGUACCAGUCAGGACAAGGAGGUAGAAAUACCUGGAACAAAUGACUCUGUUCCAAACAGUUGGGUAACUGAUGGUACAGAAGCAUCAGGGGUGAAAUCUAAGCAUGAAGGUCUGCCCUGUGAGCAGAUACCCAGUGGUCUUGACAUGGGUAGUUUGGCUGAAGCAUUUGUUGAAGGUGCUGUGCUUGUGCUUCCAUCUUUUCCUUCCAACUCCAUAAUCACCUCUGAAUCCGAGGUGUGUGGGGAGACUCCCUUCGAUGUGGUGCCCAGCAGUGAAGAACCUGACCCCGGCUCUGCUGUUACCUCAGACCUCAGCUCAGCAGGACUGGCACAAGAGUCAGUCACUCUUGCCACAUCCCACAUUGAAGCAGAGUUGGACCUGGUGCUACCUAGUGAAGAACAAGACCCAGAUUCUGCAGCUGUUGUUACCUCUGAGUUUCACUCACAAGAUUUAUUAGAAGAUGCAAGGUCACUUGCAGAGUCCUGCUUGAAGGCAGCCUGGGAUUUAGAGUCUGAGAAUAAAGACAUUGGUUCGAAUUCCAGCUCUGUAGCUGCCACUGAAUCAAAUUUCCUUUUACAUUUUGAAGGUGCAAGCUCACUUGCAGAAUCCCCCAUGAGACUGGUGGUGGAUUUUGUACCCAUUCCCAAAGAAUUUUACUCAAAUUCAGAUUUGAGCUGUACAAGAGAAAAGUCAGAGUUUGACACAAAAAACAUAUUUACAGUAUGUGAAUCAGUCUCCAACACCUCUUUAAACAAUAUUGAAGUGGAGGACAUAGAACAGUUUGUUAAAUGUAUCGAUGCAGAGACAUUAAUUUUGAAUUCAGGUUAUGGCCCCACUUUAUCUUCAGAUUUAGAAAAAAGUACAUUCAGUAAAAUAUCUGGUGGAAGCUCUGGACAGUUCUAUGAAGGUUUUGUUUCAGAGUUGCCUUCGAGGCUGGAAAUCUCUGCUCUUGCCUCAGAAAAAGCCAUAAAUGCAGAUUUGCCAGCUGACUCAAGACUGCAGCAUAAUGAUUAUUCAUCACAGCUGGGAAGUGUCGGAGUAAGCCUGAAUCUGGUUCAGGGCAACGUGAGCAACAGCACUGAAGCAGUUGAGGCCUCAGGGCCAUCCUCUCUUAAAAAUCCAGCUGGUGGUUGCCCUGUUCCAUAUUCAUCUCUGCUCCCUAUGCUGGAGAAGAAGAAGCGAAGGCGCUGUGGAGUCUGUGAGCCGUGUCUGCGGAAGACGAACUGCGAGGAGUGCAGCUGCUGCAGGAAGCGCAAAACCAGCCACCGGAUAUGUAAGAAGAGAAAAUGUGAAGAACUGAAAAAGCCGCCGCCGCCAGUCACGCUGCCCUUCCAGGUUCUAACAGAAAACAAAAGGCCUCAGAGGAGGAAGCAAAGAGUUUUAAAGGCAAAUUUAGAAAACAAACCAGUAAAUGGCCGCAGACCAGAACUCAUGGAAUGCAGUAUAUGUGGUCAUGGUGAAAAAUACAGGGUGAAAAGCAAUCAAGCAGUGCCCAUUGAAAAUGUGCAGUGCAAAGAGAAGGAAAGAAUGACUGGCCUGGAAGCAGAGAAGUGGGCACAUAACGAGAAGCCAUCCUUUGGUGUCCAUGUCAACGGCGACAUCCACGGAGCUGUGCCGGGCACCGAGCACUUGAAACAUGCUGGAGACAGUGACAGAGCAGUCUCCCCCAGUCAGUUAGCUGAGCCAAAAAAAUCCUUUGCACAGACCAUCAGAAAUGGCAUCAAACCCCUGCAUUAUUCACCACCAGAAGCCGUUGCUUCACUGAAAAAAGUGUCUGCAGAGGAAAGGACAGACUUGACGAGCAACUCCCACCUGCAGUGGACGAAAGGUACCAAUGCGAAUAACACAGUAAAUGCUCUGACAACUGGCAUUGGCUGUGCUCACCCACAAAACCAAGGAAAUGUUUUAAUAAAGGAGGAAAACUGCAUGUGCAGCAUCUCUGAGGAUUUUGAUAAGUCAGUUCUGCAGGCAGGUUCUAUCUGGGGUCUGCAGGAAAGCUUGUGUUGUCCUCCCCUUCCUGAAGGGGAACUGCAGGCAGGAAAGGAUGGCUUUGAAGUACCUAAGGUGGAGACACAGCCUGAGAAUCCUACACUCCAGUCAACUUUCUUGUCCCUGAUUAAAACCAGAAAUUUAACUGUGGAGCAGGUUGUAGCUAUUGAAGCUUUAACACAGUUAUCUGAAGCCCCUUUAGGAACAACUUCGCCAGCGAAAACUGAAGGUACUGAAUGUAUGCAAGAAACAACUUCCAACUUGCUCCAUAGUUUUAAAAGUGACACCUCGUCCUCUUUCACAUCUUCUGCACUAAAAGAGAUCAAAGACACUUACUUACAGAACGAGCAGCAGCUCCUGGCUCACUGCACUCACCCGCAGAAGCAGCUCCCUAAUAAGGCAGUGUUAUACAAUGGCCAAAGCUCAGUCCCGGAAUUGCAGGAUAAACCUGCCAACCUGGCUGGGGAGAUGUGUAAGUUACAGUUAUCCUCAAGAGACACCAAAACUUUAUCUGACUUAACAUCUAAUGCAACAUCACUUUCAGGAUAUACUACCGAGAAAAAUUAUGCUCAUGAUCCAGUUGCCCUUGGACAGUAUUGCAACGCUUCCUGUAAUGUCCAGCAAACAGGGAACAACUUGGAAAUUCCUGGCCAGUUAGAGCAAAAAACGCCCUCUAAUGAUUUGAACUUGGAAACUGGCUCUUUGAUUAAGGAAGGAGGAAUUCAUAGCCAGGAUGAAGAAGAUGUAGCUGCACAACUAACUCAACUUGCAGCACUGAUUGAAUCAAACCAGGCCAAUUCACAACAGAAGAAUGACAUAAAGGCAUCACUGAUUAAUCUAAUAUCACAGGAGAGGCAGCCAAAACAUAACCAAGAUGUGGUGCAGAAAAAGGAAUCCGCAUUUUUUAGGCAUAAUUAUAGUUCCUUACUGAUAAAGCAAAAACAAGUAACAAAUAAGAAAGGCAGUGCUGUGCCAUGGAAACCAAGACACAAAAAGAAGCCUCCAGAAGCACGCUAUCAACAGGCUAAUCAGAACCAGCUAGAGCUGUUGUCAUGCCAGCACAACGAGUUGCAGGACAUUUGGAUAUCAUCAAAACUGCACAAGCUUGGUCAAGCCAUGCCCCAAGACUCCAGAAUAGCUCUGCCUGAAAAAAAAUCUCCAAGAACCAAAGUACAGAGAGCACAGAGUCAAAAUACUUCAUCAUCACAAGAAAAAACUAGAUUAUUUCUCCCCCAAACGCAGAUAAAAUUCCACAGAUGUUUACCUGAGGCACCACAAGAGAAAAAAAAAGACAGGUUGUUUGGCUGUGAAGUGGUGAAUGAGCAAAUGAAAACUGCAGGCUCCCGGGACCCACUGGGCACCGACCCACUGAAAAAUGAAGUUGUUGCACGUGGCCAACGCAGUGACCUGUCCUCCCAAAAUCCCCUGGCUGUUUCACAGCUGAAAACAGCAUCCUUGUUGAACAGACCAACCGAAAACCUACAGAUGUUUACACAACAAUGCAAUUCUCAGGUACAGCAAACAGCAGCUGGCAGUCAGGCACACCCUUCGCCUCCAACCCUUAACCAGUCCGACCUGAGAGCCAACGAAAAGAGCAGUGAGAGCACAGCCUGUGUCCAGCAGGGCACACAGGCAGACCCAAAGGUGCAGGUGCUGCCUGUUCCCUGUGGAGGGGCCCAGGUACCAGCUUGUGCCGAGGCUCUCAGGAACAUGGAGUGUGUGGGCGAGGUGACCGUCCUGACGUCAUCCAGUUUGGGUGCUGACCACGCACAGAGCACGGGCGACUCAGGGUGUUCCCCAGCAAAAAACACGCUCAGCAGUUUCCUUGAAUCACCUAUGAAGUUUCUUGAUACCCCCACAAAAAAUUUAAUAGAUACACCUACAAAAAAAGGACAGUCUGAGUUGCCAACUUGUGACUGUGUUGAGCAAAUUAUAGAGAAAGAUGAAGGCCCCUAUUACACACACCUUGGGACAGGACCCAGUGUUGCUGCUGUGAGAGAAAUCAUGGAGAACAGGUAUGGAGCAAAAGGAAGCGCUGUAAGAAUAGAGGUAGUGGUUUAUACGGGAAAGGAAGGAAAAAGCUCUCAGGGGUGUCCAAUUGCCAAGUGGGUGAUCCGCAGGAGCAGCGACGAGGAGAAGCUGCUGUGCCUGGUGCGGCAGCGGGCGGGCCACCACUGCCAGACGGCCGUGAUCGUGAUCCUGAUCCUGGCCUGGGAGGGGAUCCCCCACCUGCUGGCGGACACCCUGUACAAGGAGCUGACGCAGAGCCUGCGCAAGUACGGCUGCCCCACGAGCCGCCGGUGCGCGCUCAACGAGGAUCGUACUUGUGCAUGUCAAGGACUUGACCCAGAAACUUGUGGAGCAUCGUUUUCAUUUGGCUGUUCAUGGAGUAUGUAUUUCAAUGGCUGUAAGUUUGCCAGGAGCAAAAACCCCAGGAAGUUUAGGCUUCUCACUGAUGACCCUAAGCAAGAGGAACUUCUGGAAAAUAAUUUGCAAACGUUGGCUACUGAUGUGGCUCCAGUGUAUAAGAAGCUUGCUCCAGAAGCUUUCCAGAACCAGGUGGAGAACGAGCACAUGGGCCCCGACUGCCGGCUGGGCUGCCAGGCGGGCCGGCCCUUCUCCGGGGUCACGGCCUGCAUCGACUUCUGUGCCCACGCACACAAGGACACCCACAACAUGCACAACGGCAGCACCGUGGUCUGUACCUUGACGAAGGAAGACAACCGGAGCGUGGGGGUGAUCCCGAGUGACGAACAGCUCCAUGUGCUGCCUCUGUACAAGAUCUCACAAACAGAUGAAUUCGGCACCGAAGAGGGCCUGGAAGCCAAGAUCAAAGCCGGGGCCAUCCAGGUGCUCACAGCAUUCCCCAGGGAAGUGCGGAUGUUGGCUGAGCCUCUCAGAGCCACCAAGAAAAAGAAACCAGACACGAGGAGGACCCCGAGUGAAAAGCAGCCAUUAAUAGAUAAAAAGUAUUCAACACCGGUAAAGCUGAAAACCGAAGCCCCAGAAAAUCUGGGCAACGCUUUGCAUUGUUUAGGGAACAAAACAGAUGCUUUAAAACCUGGAAUAAAAAUGGAGACUUCCAAUCACCUGUAUGCCAUGAAACAUACUUCAAACACUACUAAAAAUUGCUCCUUACUAAAGCAGUGCCCGGCUUCCUCCCCCUUUAAGGUGGAUAGUUUACAUCCUUGUCCAUCUCUAGCACACAAGCCUGGCCUAACAGCAGUGACUAACAUUCAACAAGAUUUUUCAGUUCCCUACGGGUAUUUUGAGUGCAGUACCAAGCAACCUCACGUGACACCUUACGUCAACUGCAAGAGCUUCGAUGUGUCGGUCAAGGAUUAUACUGGAAUUUUGCUGGACGAGAAGGUGAAUGGGGUGCCACCGAUGCUUCCCGAGGUCACUGCUCCAGGCCCCCCAGCCCACACAGACCCCCUGCCCACUAUACUUGAACAUCAGCCUGACAAAAAGAACUGUCAGCUCCAGCUGGACAGCUCUUCCUCACAGAUUGUCAGCUCUUGUGACUUGUCAGUACCGCUAAGCUCUCCGGCCACGGAUGCCGUCGGAAACGGAGCCGACUGUUCCCAUGGAUGCCCGGUGGAAAAGGGCAGCUCCCAUCGAGGACAGAUGUGUGACUUGGACUGUAUUGAGGAAAAGCAAAGCAGUGCACUGGGACACCCGGCUGAUUCUGAAGAAAAGGCUGAGGAAUUGUGGUCAGACAGCGAGCACAAUUUUUUGGACGAUGACAUUGGUGGGGUUGCUGUGGCACCUUCUCAUGGUUCUAUCUUAAUUGAAUGUGCAAGACGGGAACUCCACGCUACCACACCGAUCAAAAAACCCAACCGGAAUCAUCCCACACGAAUUUCUUUAGUUUUCUACCAACACAAAAAUUUAAAUGAGCCAAAACACGGUUUAGACAUGUGGGAAGCAAAGAGGGCCGAGAGGGCGAAAGAGAAAGAAAAAGAAGCGGAACGACUGGGAACGGAGAAUUCAGAACUGAGCUCCAGCAACAGGAAAGCAAAGCAACCAAGUGAAAACAGAGACCUUUUUUACGAAGACAAUGAGUUCAACCAAAUUCCCUCCCGCCGAGCGCUGACAGUGACCAAGGACAACGUGAUCACGGUGUCCUCGUACGCCCUGACGCGCGUGGCGGGGCCCUACAACCACUGGGCGUAGGUGGCAGGGCCCCUCCUGGCGCAGGGUCACACGGUGGUUCUCUAAGGUGCUGUUAAAGAACAAGUCUCCUGUCGUUUACUAUUUGCUCAUCUCAACCAUUUUAAGGCUGAGGUAGAAAAAAAAAAGGGGGGGGAUUUCUUCUUAAACUGUGACUUUAACAUUUGGUGGUGCUCAAGCACAUUUUAAGCAAAAAAAAAAAAAGAAAAGCUGUAUAGUUUUAAUACAUUCUAAAAAAGAUUUUGUUUAGGUUAUUAACCUUGAUUGAAUCAUUCAGUUUAUUACCUUUAGGAAUUUAUAUUUUGGUGCUUUAAAUAAAGUCUGUUUACUACAAAAAUCAUUUAUAGGGAUUUUAACAGGUUCACAUUUUAUGGUGUUAAAUCAAGUUAUACAGUUAUAGCUCUACACAGCUCUUGGUGCUUAACCACAUCAAAAAGUUAAAAAUAAAUAAGCUGAAUUAUUACUUCAUGGUGCCAUUGCUUUAACAACUUCCAACCAUUGCUAUAUAGUCCAAAUUACAGAUAAAUCUUUUAGAAAACCAAUGAAUUUUGUUCUUUAGAUUUGUCAUUAUGUAUAAAAUGAAGUUAUUGGUAAGGAUGGCUGGAAGUUGUUUUUAAGCUGUAAAUAUAUAUUUUAAAAGCACUUUCUAUUUUUAAAAUUAACUUGAAAUAGUAUAGUCUAAGGAUCAUAUUGUCUAAGGUUUGUGCAUACUCUACAGAAGUGAUUUUAUUCUUGCUGUGUAGAGUUCCGUGUUGUUACAGCUGCAGGAUGUGCGCUCACAGCGUAUGUGGUUGGUUUUAACUUGCCCUUUUUCAUUGAAGAUUUUAUGUUGCAUAUAAACAACAGUUAUGACUUACAGAACCUUUUUAUUCCUUUCAAGAGAGUGUACAAACGUGAACCGAGGAGAUGUCUGGUCAGUACAUGUGUUGCUAUUGGGAGAAAUGAACAUGAUUUGCUUUUUUUACAGGCAGUAUUUAUUAUGGUUUCUUUGAGCAAUAAGUGCUUAAGUCUCAUUCCUUUGGAGCGUUCUAAGUUAACAUGACAACCAAAAGUUCUUAAUGCCUCAGGGGUAGGAUUGUUUUGGGAUUAAAAAAGUACCCCUUAGAGUUGCCUUAUUCUGUUCUGGAAAAAAAAUUAAUUUGGAGAAAAUAUGAAGUGUUGGAAAAUUAUUAAACUUCUAAUAUUUAACAGCAAAUUUUUCAUUAAGAAUAACCUAUCUGUAAUAUUCAUCAACUUUGAGUUCAGUUUUCUUACAAAAAUGUUUUGUAAAUUUUUGAAGCAGUUUAUACAUUUCUCUUCAAAAGGGUUGUAUCCUUUCUUCCAAACAUAUGAAGCUUAUGUUCUACAUUUCUGUUGAAAAAGUGACAUAUCAUGAGACGAGUAUUUGCUAAAUCAGAGGAAAAACAGACACUCCAUUGCUUUUAAAUACUGUAGCAUCCCACUCUUCUUUCUGAUUCUCCUCUCCUAUGUAUUUCUUUUUUAAACUUAUUUAUUUAAACAAAUUACCAAAUGAAAACGUUAGCUAGGGACUGACCUCAUCCUGCACCUUGUCCCACAGGAGCCAGGACUCCUGGGAGAGCUGUAGGGUCAGGCCCUCACACAGAGCUGUACCUUCCUCCUCCCUCACGUCCACCCCACCUGGGCAGCCUGGCGGUAGAACCAGGUCAGAGAGUUCCAGCGUGCAAACGUACUGAUGAUAUACUUGAUAUAUUAUACUGUAGUGGUGCUGUGUAGGGGUGUAGCAGCUGUCUAGAGCUGCUUUAUUUAAACCCAGACAAGGUGCUUUUUCCUGGGGAAGCUCAAGUGCAAGCACUCUAUUUACAGUUCUGGUACGACAAGUACAUCAGUGGUGUUUUUAACACCUGGUGCCAGUCAAGACCUCGGUGCUACAACUCCGGUGUGGCUGCAGAGCCACGAGCCUGCGCUCCUGCACCCUGUGCACACGGGUGGUGUCUGCAGGAGCGAGGGCUGAAGUACCAAUCACUCUGUAACGACCCCGGGUUCAAUUCCGCACAUUUCUGUUCAGAUUAACAAAGCUGUUGAUGGCACAGGAUGGAGGGAUUGAACCCGUUCCUUGUCUCUUACCAAUUUUAAGUAAAAUUUGUAAAAACCGGGUAUGCUGCAAAUUUUAGUUGAAAGCUUAAUAUUAGCUCAAAUAGAGGAUAUGAAGGGAUUGUAAAUAAUAAAACAGAACCAAUAUUAUGCCAUUGUUUUGUACCAGCAGUUUUAUGCUUAUUGACUACGUAAUAUACAGUAUACAUCAAAUCAUUACGGUAUUUUGUGUGCCUUAGACUUCCAUUGUAACCCUUGUCUGUUUCUGGUGAGCCCAAGAUCAGUAGGAGUGGCAGCUGUCCGUACAGUGAGCAGUACUGUACGUUCCCAGCUGUUCUGAAAGCCCUGGUCCCACACCACGAGCUUAGUUUAUUGGUUUCACUGGUAGUGCUGACAGCUUUAGUUUCUCUAGUGCUGUAAUUCAGCACUCCCAUGUGAUAAACACAUUUUCUACACAAAAUUAGUAAGUUACAGAGCCAUCUCUUUACCUUUUCAAAUGUUCAUACCAUUAAAGUGGAUCAUUUUUACUUGAAUCUUCUACAAAUGCCCAUAUUUAACUUAUGGAAACUUCAAGAUAAAAAUGUUCCUUUGAAAAACCAGCAGCUUUCCUUUAAGAAGUGAGGCACUGAAGGAUGGAUCUAAAAGGAUCCCUUCAAACACAGGUAGUCCAGGUCUAACUUCUCUUGAAAUGGCAAUUCUAACAGAGAAACAUGUAUCUUAACAUAAUAGUUAAGCUAUUAACUGAUAGGUGCUAAACUCACAGUUACUACUUCAUUAACAUUACUCACCUAAGAUAUAGCUCAUCUCUACAAUAACAUAUCCCUCCUGGUGCUCUUCAUUUGACUAUGUGUCCCCUAAGCUGCUUUUCCAGCAUGUCCUACCUGCCAGGCUGGCUGGGCACAGGGCAGGCUGUGCUUGGAGAAGCUGGUAUUUUUCUAUUGCUGUACUGCAGUAUAGAAAAUGCAAGUAUUUACUGUUUGUACAACUCUGUGCUAUUCUUGUAACACUUCAGAAUAUUUAUCAGUCUUGUACACAAACUGCAUUGUUUUCAGUAAUGUUAUUGUUUUAUAACAGUAUUUGUCUCUUAAGAUUUGCUACUCUGUGAGUCAGUUCUUUCCUUUGCUGCCCACACAGCCACUUGUAAUUUGCUCUUACCUCUUAACCAAGCCCUUCUGGGAUGGCCAGACCAGGAGCUGGAUCUAAAAUUAAGGUAGCUGGUUAGAUCAGACCUGCACGUUCUACUUAGUUUCCAUGAGCUGGCACAGUGUUCUGGAUGGAACACCAGUACAUGGAUUCAGGUCUGGGCUGGUGCUGAGGCGUGCUUGCCUUUGGAUCAUUUUUCACAGUGUGCUACCAAAAACUGUCCUGAUCCAACAUGCAGCACCUCUGACUUCCAUAAGAAAUGUCUCAUCCCUUUCUCCACUGGGUCCAGUAGCAGCACUCCACUUCCCCUCUGGAAGGAAGGAGCAGUGCUUGUUGCAGGAGCUGGUUCUGUUUGACUCCCUGAGUCCCUGUGGGAGUCGCUGCAGUCAUGUCCAAUUAAAUAGGGAAUUUACUGAUUUUUCACAUGCCAGUGUAUUACACAAAACAAGAAAAUAUAUUUCUAUACAUACUUUAGUCACAGAAGGUUUUUUUGGAACUUAAAAUACUUGCAGCUUUCUACCUGUAACAGUUGUAUUCAUUUUUUUUUUAAAGGACUUUCUAAGCUAACCUUUACUUAGGAAUAACUGCUGGUGAAAGUCCUUUUCUUACCUAUGACAGUGCUUCUCUAGACUUAGAACAGAAAAUACCUGUAGUAUCUUAUGCCACAUUUUAUGUUAAGCAUGGGCAAAUGACAACUUCUCUAGGACUUAAGAUUCUUUGUAAUAUACAACUGGUGGGGUUUUUUAAAGACCUCUUUAAUUUCCUUGCAGUAUUAAGCUAAAUUUGGGUGCUCUUUAUGUUGCUGCAGCCCUGCUGACUGCUGAGUGCUCAUUCAUCAGGCUUUACUGCAAUUCCCUAUUUAACUGGAUGGUACAGCCAAGAGCUGACCCAAGUCUGUGCCCAGUCAAGAGCCUUGCAGCCCUACCACUAUGAACAGGCUGUGCAAGAACAGAUGGAAAGAGAUUUGGAGUAAAUGUUUACUUGUGGUUAAACACAGAGGUGGUGUUGUUUGGAGCGUGACAGUGAUUCAGGUCUGUAGUGAGACAGUUCCUGCACCUCAAGUCCCAGGCAGGUCUGUGUCAGACCAGCUCCAGGCUUGAGCUCUUGACAGCUUCUUGUGAUUUGUCUUAUCUGACAGGUUGGUCAAUGAGACAGAAGUUAGGGAAGCAGGCUAAGGAAAGUUGCAUCUUCAUGGGUUUAUAUUUAAAAUGUAAGGUCAGUCUUGCCCUUUCACUUCCCAUGGAACUUCUCCCAUGUUGAAAUUAGCUCCGUUUAUCAAGCAGUCAUCAGCUUUGUACUCCACUUAUAUAUAUGGUUGUUCUCUUUUCCACAGAAAUCCUAUAAUUUCUAGGUCAUCAGGAGGAAAUAACUGUGCCCUCAGAUAUAUGGAAAACUAAAUUCUUGGUGACUUCCACGCUUUGGUUAUGUUAACAGCAAUUACAUUCAGGCAGCGUUGGACAAACUCUCUUUCAGGACUGUUGUGAUCCCUGAAAUUCAGAUUAGGGUCUUGGUGAUGUCUACUUCAUAGAGUUGUGUUUUAUUUCUUGUGUGAAAGCUGUCUGCCUGUGAUGAUCUGAUCUUAACUAACACAGUUAGAGAUGAGGAACAGUCCAAUCACACUUGGAAGUUCUGGCUUGCUUUAUUUUAUCAGGUGUUGGUCUGACUUGCAGGAGGAAGUGUAGAGGGAAUAUCUUUCCAUAAAAUUAGGUGGUAGAGAGAGUUGCCACUGAUUGUUGUGACACCACGGUACUGCAAUAUCUGUGUCACAGCAUUGUUCUAACCAGGAAGAUGUUUCCUUGUGGAUAGAUGUACAAAUUUACUUCUUUCCACAGCUCCUCCAGAGGCAGCAAUCUCUCCUUUGGUCUCUGCCUCCAUAUACUGGUUUAAAGAAAAAAAAAAAAGGAGGGAGAGAGUUGGUCACCCUUUCUUGAUCUGUGUAGGCAAAUGUAGCAAGCACCGCGUUCAUCCUCAGUCUGCUGCCCCUUCCCUCUGUCAGGAUAGAGAAUAUGGAAAGCUGAUGGGAUGCUGAUUGGACUUGAUGGUCUUUAAGGUCUUUUCCAACCUUAACAAUUCCAUGAAUCUAUGCACAGCAUGAGUAAGGUACAGUUGGCUUUUUGAGACAACCUUCUCUGUACAUGUGCUGUAUGCCAGGGUACUUCUUUAUAUUGACACUUCUUUUGGUACAUCUGACUUUAAAGUCAUAAACGUUUUUUAUUUAGUCUGUGACACACUUAUAUUCGCCUGUAAUCUAAACCAGAGUGAACAGUGUCAAAAAUCCUGGGAAUGGGGCUACUUAGUGGAACAGUUCUGGAACUGGUUUCAGUCUCUUUGGGGAUUACCUGAUGGUUGCUCAGUCUUCACAAGCUAUCUAUAUGCUGCUUUAGCAUGUUGCUACAAAAUCAUAAUUAUGUAAAGGAAAGUUUUACACCUGAGGUUUCCUGAAAGACCAAGGAUUUCUAAUAGUAAUAUCUGAUCAGGCACCAGGAUAUAUACGAUCACUUCCCGAAGAGUGGUUAAAAAUUGGUUGUUGAUUACUUCCCUAUUAAAACAUUUCUCAUUCUUUUAGAGAGUCAAAUAAUCAGUUUUCCGGUUAACUUUUACAUUUCUUGAUGUAGUUAUUACAGUCUGUAAGUAGCCAAACAAAAGAGAGUUUGCAAGACUAAAAAACUGCUGACCCCUGAGAAGGAAAUGUCAUCCCCUCUCAGAGUACAGGAUUUUUGUACUAGUUUUUUUUCCCUGUUGUUCCAGCAUCUCUGUGGAAUGCCUCUUGUCUUCUGAGUUACUCUAACAGCUCUGCCCAGUUCCUGACAUAAAACAGCUGCUGCAGAACCUGCAUGACUGAAAGAGCAGGAGUGUUUCUUUACAUCUUCUGGUUAGAUCAGUCACAGUCCUUGUGAGACACCCAGGUAUGGUGUACGCCAAAUGGUGCAAGUUAGAUGCCUUAACUAACAUAGGACUCCCUGGAAAAAAGAUGUUCUUCCUCUGUAGCAGCAAAUGGAAUUGAUGGAGCUUGAGCAGAAAAUAAUGAAGUAGUUGCUGCCUUUUGUUAAAGGGUGUCAGGGUGUCCGCAUCGCUGUUUCCCUCUUUCUGAGACAUAAAGAUUUUAGGAUUCUUUUCCCAAUUCAAUUCCCCAUUUCAUCAUCCCAACAUACUGCUGACUUCAGUUUUAAAAGAUACAAGAUGCUUCUCGAUGCUGUUUUCUUUAAUUCUUCUAAAACAGUGCAUUUUCCUCUUUUCUUCUACUGGACCAUUAUAUAUGGCAUUUUUCCACACACACUUGUAUUCAAAUACUAGAAUCUUCCAACAGCAUUCUUGCACUGAAUGCAAGACCAGGGUGCUAAACAACUUGAGGGUGACUUGCUCUGUCGGGUGUGACUGGUCAAAGGUGCUGUUUUCAACACUGCACACCCUACAUCAUUCCUCAGAGAGUCACAGAAUGCAGGGGGACACCUCAAAAGCUCCAUGUGUAAGGAGGAGGACAGGUCUGGCACUUACUCUACAGGGUUAGCAGGUACAGCAGAUGAACUGUGUUCCAAAGAAGUGCUGUGGCAGUGGAGCAAGGGAACUGCUAGUUUGAUGUUCAGUAUUGCAGUUGUUGCCACACAACGUUUUGAUACUGUCGUGGAAAGUUUUGUGACCUGAUCAGUAUUUUACAUGUAUAUCUGUAUUUUUUAUUAUGAUGUUGUAAUGGAAAAGGGUCUAGGGUAUGGGAGUGGUCUUAAAAUAAGAAUGAAGGCCCUGAUUCUCACUUAUACUACUGUCCUUUGCAUUGCAGUGAAAGGAUAAAGGGGCCUUAAAUGGAUGUCACUUUAGCUUAUGCCCUUUGGAUUAUGCCAUCACACUGACCAUGGUAUAAAAGGUCAGUAGUAUAAAUCAAAAGUUACCAAAUGACUGAUCUGUACAAUCAGCUGAAAUCAAUUGCAUGGUGUUCCUACUGUGCACAUACAGGCCAGUAACAUCCCCAUCAUUCUUAGGUUAGAAAUACAGGUUCAACAGAAACUGGCUUGGGUUUUACUAGGUUCAAAGUAUCCAUUUAUAUUUGCUGUCCUUUCCCCAGCGUUGUCUCCAAAGCCAGUGUGGUAAAAGAUUUGUGCCUCUAGGUAAUGGCCAGCCCAGAAAUCUCACAGAAUUGUCAGUAAUACCAUUUUUAAGAUUUGGUAGUUUUGCUUAAAAUACUUGCUUGCCUUUAUCAUAAUUUGAUCCCUUUUCCUUGCUGAUCUGAAGUGGGGUUGUGACGAUCUGCCCUGCCUGCAGAGCCAGCAGGGUGUGCAGUGUUGUGUGCUGUUGUCACACUGGGGGACUUUUGGGACCCAAAGCUAAAAGCCAACACUUCCUGCCUGCCCUGACUGUGGUGCUACUUGCCAGGGAAACCAUGGGCAUUGCUCUGCAUGCUGAGUCCUGCUGAGCUUCCCCUGCCAGUGGAAGCAACAGCCCCCUAUAUAUUCCAUAACUGCAGUUAUGGAAUGCAAGGCAAUGCAAACUUCUCAUUCAAAAAAACGUUUGAGGAAAAGGAAAUAUACUUUCAUACCUAAAUCUUUACACAUCAGCAAUACUGCAGAGCCUAAUGAGAACAGGUUUUGUACCAGCUUUGUGAAUGCCUGUCUAAUCCAUGCAACUCCAAAGGCAGCAGCUGAACUUCAUGAAUCUCUGGUCCUCAAAAUGCAAAGAUAUUUGUAGGCCAGAAAAACAAAUGGGAUAUCCCAAUACCACUAAAUGAAAGCCAGUUCUAACCAAUGCAAACAUUCAGUUCAGUUUUUAGCAGUGAAUUAUUCCACGAUUAUUUGUUCAGUUUGGAAGAGACAGCUCUUCAUAAUGUGACAGUACCACACCAGGUCACAAGUACUGAUUGGAAUUCACUGUCACUAAGAACAUUAAUAUGUAAGGACACACUGUACUGAAAUGCUAUGGCCAAUUAAUUCCUUCCUGCUUUGCAAAGUUAAAAAACUAACAGUGUGCUGAAGCAAAGGUAAGAGAGUCACUCUUUCUUUCCUUCUCUCUUCUUUUCUCUAUUUUUCUUUCUUUCUUUGGGAUGCAUUUGAUAUUUAUUUUUCAACUUUGAAUUUGAAGUUUUAUUUCCAGUUACCAACCUACUGUAUUGAAAUCUGGAACAUAAAUUUAACAUUUUUUAAAUAAAAGAUUAUGUACAGGGAGAAAAAAAUCAGAAAGAAAAAGCACUUCAUUAUGUCACAGUAUUUACAGGAAAAAAGGAUAAAAAUUACCUAUUUUCUUAAAAAAAACACAUUUGGGGCCUGAUUCUUUCCUAGUAUAACUAAGCACAGCUCCCUGAGGCUGGUGGAGCUGUGAAGAGUUAUGCUGGCUGAGAAAUGGAACCUUAAAAUCUUCUUUGCAGACAAGGGAACCCUUACCAGCAGUACUUGAAGACUUGUGAGUUGUGACUGCAUGUUACUUGAAAGAUCUAAUUAAGCUAUGUUUUUUGGUGCAAGCAGUUGUUGUACAUGAUUUCAUGUUUAUGUAGCAAGAUGCAUUGAAAUGUUGAUACUAGUAUUGAAACAUACAUGUAAAAAUUGUUGUUGUGGAAAUUGUCUGUUCUGUUCUAUUUUUCUUGUGUGUCUCAUCUGUUUAGAACGUAAACUUUCUUUUUUUUUUUUUUUUAUUGUCCUAACUGAAUAAGGCUAAAUGAAUACUGUAAUUGAAAAUAUAUUUUAAAUCUUGUCAUGAGUUUUUAAAAAGACUAUUACAAAUUGUAUCAUUCCUGAUUACACAGAACUUUGUGGGUGGUUUUAAAUAAAUUUUAUACUUCUAUUUUGCA